AUGGCGAAAUGUUCGAUGUCUUGUUGUGAUCCCUUUUUUUCACCAUCUCAACCGCUUCAACCAAUUUCAAUCCACAUAUUCCACCAAAAAGUGAGUUUUUACAGCUUUCCUCCAAAUUUCGAGAAUUUAAAAAUAAAAAUAAAUUUUUAUGUGUGCCAACACGCUGACGCGAAACUGCACACAUUUUUUUUUGAAAUUUUUUUUCCGCUCGCGCUUGAGAUUUUGAAACUAGGAAGGUCAAAAAAUAAAUAGUUUGUGGGCUUAAAAAUUAUUUGGAUUUUUCAGGUUAAUGGAUUGAAAUUCAUGUCGCUGUUUUUUUGGUUUUCGAUCCGGGCGUACCUCCGGUAAACGACGCGCAGGGGUCACAGAAGCAGCCCCUGUGAUAAGUUAACAAUCAAUGCUUUAAGCUCAACAUCAGCAACAAUUUUGGGGCGAAAAUUAUCGACGCAUUUUAUCACUCGCAACCAAUUCGGAUUUUCAAACGAAAGACGACACGAUUUUGAUCAAGAUUUUUCUCAAUCAUUGCUCAAGUCGACUUGGAUCUGAUUAUUUAGUAUAUUGUGCGAUGGGUGGAACAUGAUUGAAAAGUUCUGAUCGAUAAUGAUUGAUUUUUGAUUUCAAGUGAGUUUUUUUUUCAAAUUUUUUUUUCAAAGAAAGAAUUAUUAAAAAUGUGAUAGAUAAAAACAAUUUAAAUAAUUUGAUUUAUCAAGAAAUCGAUCAAAAAAUUGAAAAUAUUAUUCUUAAUACAAAUUUUAUUUUUUCAGACCAAAAAUCUCACCAACCUCAAAAAAGCGAAUCGAAUUUCCACAACAACAUAAAUCUGGGCAUCGAAUAUUCAAUUUGUUGAUUAUUCAAAUUUUUGCGCGAAGAUCUCGAAUUGUUUUGUUGUCGAAACAACUCUGA